GGGCGUUGGGGACGACGAUGCAAAUGUCAUGGAUCUUUCGCGCGGUCGUCCAUACGCUCCUGGUGGUGGGCAUGACUUACCAUGCCGUGGACGUUGACUCCCAUCUGCUGCCGUAUUCACGUAACCUGUACAAUGAGUUGUGGCGUCUGUUGAAUGGCGACGACCAGGAUCAGCCGCUCAACCUGUUUACGAUUCGCCGCGGCGUCGACCAUGUUCACUUGGUCCUUGCCAACUACUUCAGUCUCCCAGACGUUGCCUUGGGAAAACUGCAUGUAGCUCCAUUUGCAGGAAUUCCACUGCCAUAUUUGACAGUGGUCUUUUCCAGUCCAAGCGACCCCGAUCAUGAGAGUAGUCGAACGUACAUCCUGGACAAGGGCAACGAGCAGGCCUGGCCAGAAGGGCUGCGGCCAAGUGCGUCGUCGUCUGUCACGCGGGAAUUCUUCGACACGCUAAAGCACAUGACGUUGGCGAUGGAGGUGCAGUCGCAUAAACCUUCCUUGGGCACUCUGGAGCAUGAGGCGGUCGUUCACCGCGACUACAUGCGAUGGAAGGUCCAGUUCAAGUACAACUUCUCGACCCAAGGCCAAAUUCAGCUCCACAUGGCAGUCACCCGUCAACUUCCGACUCCACCCAGCCGUCUUAGCACGACUGCGCGCAGUCCGACCGACUACAUUUGGCGAUAUGUCGGCCUCAUCGUUCUCUCUGGCGGUUACUUGAUUCUCGAGACUUGGGCUUUCCUUGGCAACGUCGUUAACGACACGCCAAGCUGGCGAGUGGUGUUGGUUCAAAACCUGUCGGGAGCGUUUGUCGUCGUCACGAAUGUCAUCACGAUCGCAUGCUUCCUCCACGCAUGGAGCGAGGCGCCCGUGCUCGUGUACGUGGAGCCGCUGAGUUGGACGUACGCCGUGGCAAGUAUGGGCCAGUGGCUAUCCCUCCUGCGCUUCCUGAGCUUCAACCCUCGGACGUACAUCUUGGGCCUGACACUCAAGCGCGGCGCGCCGCAAGUCGUCGAGUUCCUCAUCGGCGUGUGCCCGUUGUUUGUCGGCUAUGUUCUGUUUGGCACGAUUAUGUUUGGGGCCACGGUAGUGUACUUUCUAUGGAUAGUCAUCCUACUACUAGUAAUAGUAGUCGUACGUGGUAUCAUACUAUCGAUGGCAUGUGAACUAGGUGCCGAGGUUUGCUGGCAUGGCAGCCACCGCCACGACGCUGUUUGCGCUGGCGAAUGGCGACGAGAUUCGGGAUACAUUUGUAUCGCUGCCGUGGCACGGACAGCUCUACUUGUACAGCUACAUUGUGAUCUUUGCCUAUGUGGUGCUCAUGGUGUGCAUUGGCAUAAUGGAAGACGCGUUCUUCACGUCGGCGUUUCCAUCCCUGUGGAAGCAAUCGACGGCCACGUUAACCGAAGACCAGUGGCGCCACGUCGUCGAGCUCAUCCACGACCGCACAAAGGCGAGUCACCCCGACAUGGUAGCCUGCCAAACUGACAUUUUAACCCACGUCGAGCGGCAACUGUUUUAAAUAUAUAAAUUUAUAUAUUGUGAAUUUCCU